GGCUUUCGACUUCGACUGCACUGCAGCGAGGGUUGAAUAUUUUCUAACUGACGAAGAGAUGAUCUGCGCGCGCGCACGCAGUCAACAACGGACAGCUACUGCUAUUACUUAUAUAUGAGGGGCGACGUUUAUAGUUACCAGCUCUCGGAUUCCGGAGAUUCGACUGCAGAUGGCUGCACGAGAGCCGUGUUGUUGUAUCUGCGGGGAAAUUUGAAAAUUUCCCGGUGACAGGUCGAGACUUGUGCAUAUCUCCAGCCGCAUAUACCCGCGACCUGCAGUUGCCGGCAGCGUUGGGGUAUAAAGAAGUUACCUUAAAGCCCGCCAAGUACACCGCGUCGCUGCAGUAGCAAAACAAUAAUACAGAUAGUCUUAUAUCGCUUUGGGAAUGUCUCGAAAUACUUGGAUCGUAUCAAUCUGCCUAACAGCAGUAAACACAGUCGAACAGAUGGUAGCGCGAUAACCAAAGUUCAGUACAGAGUUUAGAUGAUUUGCGCGUAGAAUCGGAUCAUUGAUGUGUAAAAUAGUGGAGGGAGAGAUCCAUCCUCAGUGGAAGAGAGAUAGAGCUGCUGGAGAGAGACAGAACUCGAAGAGUCUAAUUGUGCGCAAAUGACGGAAUAAAGAAAUCGGAUGCUAUCAAACCGUUAUCAACCUGUGCGCGCACUCGCUCAGCGCGCCUUUAUCGUUUGAGAGGUUAACUACGACGCAUGUAUGCUGCUACACUCAACACUAGAACUUCUAAACUUCAAAAUGGGAGAUAAUUCGCAGUCUGAAGCUUUUGAGGCUCGGAUACGAGUCAGCGGUGGAGGCAACAACGGUAGCACAGGUUCCGAUGGUGAUAGCAAACUAGAACCCUCUAGUCCUGUAGAUAGACACACUUUUUCAAGAUGCAGCAGUACUGGCUCUGUAAAUACUCCGUCUUCUUCUGCUCAUAAUACCGAGGAUGAAGACAGUGACAAUAAAAGUUCUACGAUAAGUUAUAAGGAGCGCCGCAGAGAAGCCCAUACUCAAGCAGAGCAGAAGCGUAGAGAUGCCAUAAAGAGAGGAUAUGACACGCUUCAAGAUCUCGUACCUUCGUGCCAACAAACCGAUGCUUCCGGUUACAAAUUGUCAAAGGCCACUGUUUUGCAAAAAUCAAUUGACUACAUUCAGUUCUUGCUGCAGCAAAAGAAAAAACAGGAAGAAGAAAGAAAUGCGCUUAGAAAAGAAGUCGUUGCUUUGCGCAUCAUGAAAACCAACUAUGAGCAAAUAGUUAAAGCUCAUCAGACGCAGCCCGGUCACUCGGAAACUCGCGUUUCGGACGAAACUAAAUUCCAAGUGUUUCAGGCAAUUAUGGAUCGCUUGUUCCAAACCUUUGACAGUGUGUCUGUUACAAAUUUUGCUGAAUUGUCAGCUUGUGUGUUUAGCUGGCUGGAAGAACACUGUAAACCACAGACGCUGCGCGAAGUGGUUCUCUCCGUUUUACAACAACUCAGCAAUCAAAUCAGCUAGUAUACAAUACGUUUUUUAAGUUUAUAAGAAUUUAUUUUUUACUUCAAAGUCAGAUUUCUUUUGGGAAUCAGUUAUAAGAGUACAAAUUUAAUGGGAGUUGCGUUAUUAAUUUUUGUUGUUUCUAGUUUAUGUAUAAUUUGACCAGGCAACUUAGCAGAUAAUAGCGCGAGUUACGGUUGCAGGAAUAUUCCAAGCAGAUUCGAUACAAUCAAUUUAUCUUUUAUAUUUUAUAGUUGACGAAUAAAAUUGUGUAUAAUAUUUUUGCAUGAUGCCAUGAAUGUAAACUAUUACUUUAUAAUUAUGCUACGUUGAUUUACAUCCAUUUUAGGUAUGUAGAUAUGGAAACUAUAAAUGUUUACAAAUAUUUACAAAACUUUAAUAAAGUUGAAGAAAAUUCCAUAUAA